CACAGGACCCCCCCGCCCCCGAGCGCCGGUGGGGGCGGAGCAGCGCGUGUCACGGGUUGGUGAGUCAGUGCUCAGUUUCACUUCUUCCUUCGAGCACGCGGACCGAGUCCGGAUCAAAGCUGCCGCUCCAGACUUGAUGACCAUGAGAAAGCAAAGCGCCGGGCAGACCUCUGGACAGACGCUCCCAUCCCAGAAACCAGUCCUCCCCCAGGUCCGCUACCACCCCUCCAUUCAAGUCCCAGCAGAUGCAGUUUUAACCAAAACUGCCUCGAAAGGCAAAACCUGGACCAGAACAGCUACUGCAAGGCCCCUCCAGACCAGGACUAACACCAAGGACGUCAAAGGGAAAAGGUUUACCAACAGCACUGGACCUGCUGUGAGACCGGAUCCUGAUGGGGAAGAAAAACCUGAAGAAGAACCAGGCCCUCCCACCCCUGAGCAGCUCCCACUGGACUCUGAAAUCCAAAUAGACCAGGAUUUGGUGGAUCAGAUAGAAGCCUGGACUCGCGGGCAGAGGCUCAACAAGCACUGGUUCACCUGGCGGAAGAACCGGAUCACAGCCUCCGUGGCUCACGGCAUCGCUCACUGUCGCUUUGUGAACGGCAAGAGCCAAACCCCGCCUCAGUCCUACUUGGAUGCAGUCACAGGGGAGGGGCCGAGAGUCCAGACCAGAGCCAUGAGCUGGGGGGUCGACAUGGAGGCAGAAGCAGUCCGGAGAUACCAGGUUCUGAAGUCGGAGGCUUUGGGCCACCCGGUCUCAGUUCUAGAUUGCGGUCUGUAUGUGGACCCAGAGCGGUCCUGGUUGGCUGCGAGUCCCGACGGCAUCGUGACAGACAGCCGGACGGGCCGACGGCUCCUGGUUCUGGAGGUGAAGUGUCCCUUCAAGCACAGGAACAGGCGGGUGGAGGACGCCUGCAGGGAGGACCCCGCCUUCUGCCUGCAGCUGCAACCCGGACAUCCGCCUCAGUACCGACUGAAGACCAGCCACAGUUACUUCACCCAAAUCCAGUGUCAGCUGGCCGUGACGGGCCUGCAGCGGGCCGACCUGGUGGUCUUCACCCUGCAGGAGACGGCCGUGGUUCCGGUGAGCUUCCAGCCUGAGCUGUGGCAGGAGACCGUGUGCAAGCUGGAGCUGUUCUACCGCAGCGCCGUCCUGCCACACAUCAGACUUAAGAAGCAGCACUGCGCCGGGCCUGCUGCAAGAACCGAGUGCUAGAAGAUCCCGUCAGCAUCCAGAGAGCCAUCCCGGGUCAGAACCGGGAGCAGUCUCCGGGAAUCACCGCUGUAAGAUCUUCUGCGCGUUUGAACCCUGGAGCUGUCGCCCUGACAGGAAGUAGCACACGAGCUUUGAACUGCCGUGGGACUCUUUAACUCCAACGGUUCUGAAGCAGAGCAGCAGAUCCACUUUCGUCUGGGUCAGAACCAGCGGCUCACUUCGCUACUGUAACGUGUUGUGAACCAACAAUGUAGGUUACAAUAAAAUACUUCUGUCUUUCGUGUA